UCUCAGAUGGUGGUGACUUUUCUCUGUCGGCGGCUCCUGGGUGCAGGUGGAAGGGCUGUGCCGACCGGGGCUUCGGCCUCCAGGGCCGGGAAAUGGCGGCGGGGGCCAGGAUAGAGGACGGUUCCUUGGAUCUCACUCAAAGCAUUGAAGAUGACCCCCUUCUGGAUGCCCAGCUUCUUCCACAUCACACAUUACACGCUCAUUUUAGACCCAGAUUUCAUCCUCUUCCUACAGUCAUAAUAGCAAAUCUUCUCUUGUUCAUACACGUUGUGUUUGUUAUUUUAGCAUUUUUAACAGGUGUGCUUUGUUCUUACCCUAAUCCAAAUGAGGACAAGUGUCCAGGAAACUACACCAACCCACUGAAAGCUCAGACAGUUAUAAUCCUUGGAAAAGUUAUUUUGUGGAUCCUGCAUUUACUUCUUGAACGCUACAUCCAAUAUCACCAUAGCAAAGUAAGAAAUCGAGGCUAUAACAUGAUCUACCACUCUACGAGGCAUCUUAAAAGACUUGCACUCACGAUACACUCCACUGGCAACACAGCCCUUCUCCUCAUACUGUGCAUUCAACAUUCCUUUGCUGAGCCUGGUAGACUGUACCUUGACUUCAUUCUGGCCAUCUUGGCCUUGGAACUGAUCUGUUCACUGAUGUGUCAGCUCAUUUACACAGUGAAAAUUUGGAAAUUUAAUAAAGCCAAACCGCAACCUGAUAUACUUGAAGAAGAAAAAAUCUAUGCUUACCCCAGCAAUAUUACCUCAGAGACUGGAUUCAGGAGUCUUUCAAGUCUAGAAGAAAUUGUUGAAAAGCAAGGAGACAUAAUAGUAUACCUGAAGCGACACAACGCACUGCUGAGUAAGCGAUUGCUGGCUUUCACUUCCUCUGACUCAGGCUCUCAGCCAAGUAGAAUGUGAGAGGGUCAAGAGGAAUUCAGAGUCAUUUAAGACUGAUGGACUACCUGGCAAGGUGCCGCAGAAUAACAUUUUACAGUUUUUGUUGAAAACCUGAAUUAGGUUUUCAGACGUGUGGCUGUUUAGUAUGUUGAGCUUGUGGAUCAUCUGAAAGGCACUUUAUAGAAGCCUUGUUUGAGAAGGUCCAUUUUGCACAUAUUGAUAUUAUUUAACUGCUUUGCUUUAUCCUAGGAUCAAGGAUAUAGUUUAAGGAUUUCCAUUGCCAAAACUUCUUCCAGAUGAUUUUAGAAUCCUGUAAUUUUUAAUUUGACUCUUUAUAGAGAAAGUCUGACUGACAAUCUAUUUCAAAUGGAGUUUUGAUCAAAUAAGUUCCUCCUACUUUUAAACUAAUGGGAAAAGCCAUUUUUUGUGUGUGGUUAAUAUGUUUGUUUUUCCUGCAGAAUCUUAUCAUGUAUUUUAUAUGCUUAUGUGGUAUUGGAUGACAGGUUGGCCCAUGUAGCUUUUAUAGAAGAUUUAUUCACUAUGGACUCACUAGGUGAUUUACUAUGCAAACUCUUCCAGUGUUUCAUUCUCCAGAAAUAAACUAUGGAUUACUUAGCACAGUGUUGGACUAACCAGUUUUGCCUGUAAUAUCAGCAAUGCCUUUCAUUGGCAAUAGCUAAAGAAUUUUGAGAAGAAUUUAAAAUGUUCCCUUUAUUUUUGCCCUUCUUCAGAAAGCUGCCAUAUAUUUCAGUGUUGAUUAUACUUUAUUGGGUAAAUUAAUUCAGUUAUAGGAAAGAGCUAUUCUAUGGUUUUAAAUCUGUCUGAAAAGAAAAAAGGACACCUUUUUAUAUCUUGGAUUAUACUCACAAUGGGAAUAAAAUGACGUAUCAGUUUA